AUGUGGCACUCGUCCGAUUCGCUGGCUAUGGAGCUAGCAAUUAGUAGCUCGAGCUCUCCUGCCAUCGAUGCAAUUCGCGUACGCGCACACGACACAACUAACAAGUUUCUCCACACAGCCUUUGGUCUCACCGUAGCCUCCAUCGUCGUUCCAAAAUGGGUCACCUAUACCGAUAAAGAUCCCCAAUGGCGUUACACCUACGGCCUCCACCGUCGCUGCUCCCAUGUAACCGGUCAAUGCGAGACUUUUCCCCAGAAUGAUGAAUGCCACGGCGACAACCGCUACUUCUGCUCCAUGUGGCGCUCCGUCGGGUUUCUGAUGUCGUUCGCCAUCGUGUUGGAGGGAAUGACCGUGGUCGCAUAUUUGAUUGUCCUGUCUGGGGGGAAGCGUCUGCGCGAGUCGGGGUGGAAGAUCGUCAGUUUGUUGAUUAUUCUGUCGGCGGCGGUGCAGGCAGCUAGCAUGUCGCUUGUGGCAUAUCUCGUCGAUAAUGAAGACCGGUUUGCCAGUGGAUGGGUCUUGGAUGAGUCGUGGAUCUUCUGCACCGUGAGCUGGUGCGUGAGUCUGUUUGUCGCCGGGGUGUUGAUCCUGGCGGGUACUACGCUGCCGUCGGAGGGUGGCUAUGAGUUGAUCCCGGAUCAGAUCAACUGA